GCCUUCUCUACUCGUGGUGGACUAGCUCAUUCUUCCUCAGACUCUGCUAGUGACAGCACGUCCGUACAUUUCCAGCGUUCUUGGCAGCAAGCCUUAUGGCACAAACGGCCCUUUUUCUUUCUUAUACCUGUGUCCCCACUACUCUUUAAAAAUUCCGCCGAAAAAGAGAAGACGAUUUUCCAAAACCUCUUGGCCGUUAAUUCACGGCUCCAUUCUCUCUGCACGAGUGUUUAAGCGCUACCCAGAAGGCCUAGGGGAGGUCCUCUACCGCGAACAGUUCGAUUUCAACGCCGAGCCACCUUGGGAUCCUAGCUGAUAGCGGGAGAGGACCAUCUCCCGACUUGUCCAUUUUGUUGCAUUGUAGGACCCAGAAGGCUCGGUAAACUCCCUUUAUGAUCAUUGGAUUUGCGGAAUACGGUUGAGAUGAAAGGACUUACAGAUGAACCCAACUACACCAUUGAACUACUGGAGGCAGGAACGACCAUUGAGGAUGUCAUUGACAACCACAUUUAUGAGCAGGCUUUGGCUGAAAAGAAUGCAUUUGUUGUGGCCGACCUUGGGGCCGUGAUGCGUCAGCACGUGCUGUGGCAGGGCGGCAUGCCCCAAGUGCGGCCCUUCUACCCCGUACGCUGCAACAGCAGCCCGGCACUCAUCGAGCUCCUGGCAGCGCUCGGCACGGGCUUCGUCUGCGCUAACAAGGCGGAGGCGGCGCUGGUGUUGAACCACGACGUUGCCCCGGACAACAUCAUCUGGUCGGGCGCUUGCAAGCAGCUGGCCCACCUCAAAUACGCAGCCAAGAACGGCAUCGGCUACCUGGUGUGUGACAACGAGACGGAACUCUGCAAGAUUGCCCGCGCCCACCCUAGUGCCAAGCUGCUGCUUCAGGUGUCGACGGAGCCCCACGGGGAGGAGGCCAGCAUGGCUAUGGGCUGCUCCCUCAAGAGCUGCCGGCACCUGAUGGAAAUGGCCAAGGAGCUCGGGGUGCAGGUGGCCGGAGUCACAUUUCAGGUACCAGUCCCUUGCAAGGACCUUCAGGCGUACACCCAUGCCUUGUCGGAUGCCCGCUGCGUGUUUGACAUGGGGGAGGAGCUUGGCUUCCACAUGAACGUUCUAGACAUAGGUGGGGGGUUCAGCGGUUCAGAAACCCAGCUGAAGCAGGUUUACGCUGCUAUGAAACCCCUGCUCGAGGCGUACUUCCCACCCGUGUCUGGAGUAACCAUCAUGGCGGAGCCCGGAACCUUCUACGUGUCCCCAGCCUUCACACUGGCUGUCAACGUCAUCGGCAAAGAGGUAGUGGCCAGGGACCGCAAGGACCAGCUGGAAGGCUCGGACAAGCUGACGGGUGAUGACGAGCCAGAGUUCCAAUACUACAUGAGCGACGGCGUGUACGGCUCCUUCAUGGGCAAGCUGCUAGGAGGCUCCAUUCCACACCCCUCCGUACACAAGACAUCCAUGUCAGCGGAGGAGGAGGUGGUGUACAGCAGCAGCCUGCUGGGCCCGUCGUGCGACCCCCUGGACCGGGUGCUGGAGGACUGCCUGCUGCCCGAGCUGGAGGUGGGGGACUGGCUCGUCUUCCCCGGCAUGGAACCUCUCGGCAGCUCGCCCUCCGCCAGCUCGCUGGGCACGGACGCAGACAGCCCGCCCGUCUACUACACUAUCAUGACGGCAGACUGGUACGACAUGCAGGAGGCCGGCCUUCCUCUGGACUCUACCAUGAAGAACUUCUCAUUGGUCCAAUACGGCAUUUGAACUCCGCCCAGGCAAAGACCGCUCAUAAUGUAUUAUUUAAAUGUGACGAUGGCCGUGUUUGUGACUGAGCAGAUCUGUGCAGCACAGCGUUGAUCUCUAAAACGGUAUGCUUCAGCGUUUAUCACGGAGGCAGGUAUUCUAGAGAUCAGCGGCCCUUGUGCGUGCUGCAUUGCUCUGCACAGUCACAAACGUGGCUAUUUAACAAGGUCCCUCCUACCAACGGGGUGAGCGACCAAAGUUCUUGAUUGGUCUCGCAACAUUCCAGCUGUGGGUGGAACUAAAAAUGAAGAAGAAAAAAACAACACCAUGGUGUAACUGGGGAACAUGACAAUGAUUCGGUGUGCAUACCUCAAUUUCUCUAUGUUCAAAAAGAAAAUGUUUCCGAGCCUUUUCUUGCUCUGUGUUCAAAACAAAACGAAAACAAAAAAGAGCAAGGAGUUCUGGGUAACACAACAUUCUGAAACUACAUAUGCAACAAAAUGGACGACUGUGGAGAUGGAUCACCCGCUCCUGGGUUCUUUUCCUAAUCGAAUACAGUUUACAUUAAUGUUUGAUUAAUUUAAUUUUAUUACACAUAUAUAUUAUAAUAUUACUUGUUUGGCAGUGCUGUUUAAAAAAAAUCAGUUGUCUGCUGUUCAAAAAAAAAAACACCAGGCAAGUUUUUAUCUGUAUUAAGAGAAUCUCAUGCAAUUUCAAGAGAAUUUAGAAUCAUGAAAUUAUAACUAUGUGCUGUGAAACCAGCCAGUGUCAAGACGAGGGCGAUGAUGACUGUGUGUUUUUUUUUUAAAUGUAUGCAUUGCGGGAAGUUGACCUAUUCCCUGGGCUUGUAAAGCAGUGGACAGGGGAGAGGUUGCAGACUAGGGCGGUACUGUAUUCCAGAAAACUGGGGGCUAUUCCAAGAACGUGUCUGAGUAGUAAACCAGGUCAAGUUAACCUUCAGGUAGUAGUGAAUCAUCAAGUGGAGUCCUCAUUUUCUUAACUAAAUGACCCAUGUGGGCCAUCUAUUAACAGGUUUAGCACUUCCUGUUGGUUAACUUUGCCAGGUUAAUGUUUGUCGAAUACCCUCCAGUGGGAAGUCACUUACCUGGAUAUGUUAACUCUGAGCAAGUAUAGAAGAGGCCUUUGGCCUAGUUUUGAUGGAAGGAUAAGCAUGCAAGGCUCUACUAUUAGGAGGUUAAUAACUCACUCAGGGCUAACUUACCCGGGUUAGCAACUAAACUUUUUUGGAAUGUACCCUAGAAUAUUGAGACUCUGACUGCCAAAUUUGAUUCUCAGCAACAACAAUGUUCUCAUGACCUUCAGUGUGUCUCUUUUAAACAGUAUUUUCCAAGGUAGUGGUUGUUUUUUUUAUUGUUUUCCACUUUCUUGGUUUAUUGUGCUGUCAUUUGUCCUGGUGACCUCAGAAAGGCUCCAGCAAUGCGAGCGAGCACGUACUCUUGUGGUGAAAGACAUCCCUACUAAUAGGUACCUAGAGUCAGGCUCUCACUUUUUGGUGUGGAAGCCUGUGAUUAACGUUAACUAUUUGGAGAAAUAUUGACCCAAGGAGGGGGAAAAAUGAAUCAAAACACUCAUUUCUUUGUCUAACCACAGACUUACGGUACUUUAACACCAAUCGACGACAAGUUUUACCAACAACUUCAAGUCUUUAGCACUGUUAGGUUUGCAUCUCUUGUUAGUCUAUAGUGCAGUUUUAUGCCUAGUCAAUGUAACUGUCCGUCCACUCCAUUUUUUGAACUGCACCCUUUGAAAAGGUAAUGUAAAUGAAAAUCUGGCACUAAUGGACCAUAGCCUGUUUUUGACUGUAAAAUUGUGCUUGUUAUUGUAAUGAAAGUGAUUAAUUUAAUACAUCUCAAUGACUGAAUA